AUGAUUGAAGAGUUGAUCCACCACGGUUACCUGAUGAAGUUCAUCAAGUACGAAAACAGAGAAAUGGAGCACCGACCUACCGAGCAGCGGAGAGACGUGCCAGAGUCGAGCAGGCAGAACGACUACGAUCAGCCACCUCUGAACCUGCCGGUAGAAGAGAGACCGAUCCACAGGGUUAUCAAUAUGAUUAUUGGUGGAUCGACCAUAGCAGGUUGCAGCACAUUAGUAGGAAAGACAUCAGUUCGGGAGCUCGAGCAUGAAGAUGAGAACCCGCCAAAACGCCCUUGGGUAGAGGAGGUGAUCUACUUCAUUAAGGAUGACGUUCGCGGGAUUCUGGUAGAUUCAGGCAGCUCCGCAGACAUCAUCUUCUUGGAAGCAUUUGACAAGUUGAAUCUAGAACGGAAAGACCUUCAGCCAGUAGACACACCCCUGGUUGGUUUCAGUGGAGAUGUGGUGACGCCCCUUAGCAGGGUCACUGUGCUAGUAGCAGCAGGAGCGAGGCCCAACAUAGUCCGAUUUGAGCACAUGUUUCUUGUGGUCGCCACCCCAUUCCUUUAUAAUGUGAUCCUAGGUCGGCCCAUCCUACAUGCACUACGAGCGGUGGUGUCGACCUAUUACCUCGCAAUAAUGUUCCCGACGAGCUAUGGAGUGGGGGUAGUACGGGGCGAACAGUUAGAGUCGUGGAAGUGCUACAUCGCGGCGUUGAAGGACAAGGUGAAGCUAGCGGAUGACGUCAAGCUGGAACCUCCCCUUGAGCACACCGAGGAACGAGCUGCACCGAUGGAGGAGAUGGUCUAG